GUUUCCGUUGUCAUUGUAAAAUUAAUGUAAAGCUUUGGUUCAACGAUAGUGAUGUCUCACAAGUAAGCUACGAUUCUCGUAUUGCUAAUUGAAAACUCUCAGAAACUGUGUUUAUCUAUAAAGACCCUUCCAUAUAUAUACGUAUACAUUUAGCGUCCGACUUUCUGCAAUUGAUGGCGCUUUGAAAGUAAAUAUUCAGUAAGAAUUAUUCUCACUGCAAACCGCGUCUUCACAGUUGAAUGAGGCGUUUCAUCCCAUCGCAGUAGUUUUUAUCAUACAAUCUUCGCCUUAUGUCAAGUAUAUGCAACAAAGUUACUUCUCAAUUGACAUAUGAGCAAAUUAAUAUACUUGGAAUUGAAUGACGUUGAAUAUGGAUGACCCGGUGCCAUUAAAAAAAAGGCGGACGGAGGGCGUUCAUGACAAAAAAUCAUCUAAUGGCGGGGUUACAAAGGAGAAGUCUCGAUCUGCGAGUGAAAUUGUCGCGGUUUCUCUAAAGCUGGAUAAAUUACAAAAACUUAAGCAACGGAUUGCAACGAGUUGUAAAGAAAAAAAUCAAAACCCAAAACCUGACGAUGAGUUUGUCAUCUCAUCCGUGGGUUCUUCCCCUUCCUCGUCACCACGCUCUAAUUACUUGGCCGCGCUAUCUAAGUCCGUCGACCCCUUCGAGCUUCAUGCUCGCCUUGCGUCACUAGCACAGCAAGACGAAAGUUUAAAAUCGUCGGAAGAAGAUGCGAGCAUUAAUGUAGUGAAAAUGCACGAUGGUAAAACACCCAUAAAUAAGAGUUCCGGCCAUGAAACGGCCGAUGCAGAAGUGCAGAAGAAAAAAGAUGUCUCUACUUCUGGUUCUAUAUCAAAAGAAGAGCUUUAUGCUGUUUUGCAAAAAUUAGUGAAUGAAAAGUGUAAAAAGAUAGAAGAAAAGUACGUCGAAAAGAUUAUACCGGAUUUGGAGAGAAAAAUAUCGGCUUUAGAAGUUGAAAACAAACGCCUGUCUGAGCACUCGAAUCAACUACAAGAAAAAUUGAGUAAGGUGGAAUACGAGCAAAAGAAGCCUUCAGAGACUGCUCGAAUCGAUGUUGCUGUUCAAGCUGGUUUCCCUUUGCCACCGUCAUUAACUUCAGUUUCACACACGAUCCACGUGACGUCUCCUCAGGUCGGGAAAUCAGCAUUACUUGUUUCUGAAGCAGAUGUGUCCAAUAAGCAGCCAGCAAUGACUGUGCUCCAGACUUUCUCGCCAGUUAUCUCAGCUCCUCCGCCAUACCUAGCACGAUCACCUACAGGGAAGACGAAUCCAUCGCGAUAUUUGUCGAGUGGAAGUUAUGUUCUUACAACGGCUGCUGGUGAACCCCGUCUGUACAGUGAUGCUCCGUAUAAACAAGUCAGCCGUCAAAAUACCGGAAUACAAAGAACUCAGACUCCAACAAUUCAACCCACUGCCACUGUACGUCCGCAACCGCAGAACCUCCAAGCAUCCCCAAGUACCCUUGUAGCACACAGAGGACCUCCACCGUUGCCUUUAUCAUCCAAUAGAAUCACGUUCAAUUCUCAAGGACCCAUGGUCCAUACGCAAGCACAACCCCAUGGCCGAUAUAUUGUGAAUCAAGUUACUGGGGAUCUACGAGGGUUACCGCCCCAUAGGGUGCCUCAAAUGCGAGAAGUAAGGUCCACUAGCCCUUACUACCCCCCACCUAGCUACUCAGUAGCAAAUGCCAGAUUGCGUACUCAGGUGAACAGCCGUCCAGUCACAAUUGCUAACACAUCACAUGUUGGUGGUUCUCGUCCUAAUUUGAUUCAUUCUGGUUCACUUACUGCUGGCCAUAUUCCAGUGAACCCCCCACCUUUGGUCAGAGCUCAAACUCAUAUGUACUCACGUGCCCCUGUAAACAAUGCACAGCGUUAUGCGCUUCGACAGAGACCUCCUUACCAUCCUGUGCCCGAUACCAGACCCCAAACGCGCCACACAACACCCUUUUCUCAUCCCUCAGCUCCCACAUCUCAUCCCCAAGCUUCGCUUAAUGUUAGACCAAAUGGCCAGCCUCCGCCUAAGCCGACCGUUUCCAUAUCCGGAGCGGCGAAUGGUAUUGUAUUGUCUUGGGAUAUGUUUGUACCACAGGAGUGCGCCCCCAUUGAUUCGUACCAGCUGUACGCUUGCCAGGAUCACAACCAAGGUAACAGCUCGAAAAUCACAUGGAAAAAACUGGGUAUAGUUAAAGCUCUGCCUUUACCAAUGGCGUGCACCCUCACUCAGUUCGUAUCUGGUUGUACGUACUACUUUUCCGUGCGCGCAAUUGACGUUCACGGGAGGAGCGGCGAAUACAGCACGCCUCGCGCGAUCACUUUGCCACGUGAAAACGAAAAGGAGCAAACGUGAAGAUGCCAUGAGAUGUAGAAAUUUCGUUCUGCAUUUGAUCAGUCGUGAUUGGAUUUCGUCGAAGACAUCAUCAUACCAAAAUUGCAAAGGUCUGGGGAAGACUUUCAUACAGCUGCAUUGAAUCUUAAUGUGCAGCAUUUUCACCUAAAAAUGAAGAAUUUUAUGAAAAUACAUUGAGUAUGAUUGCACAAUUAUUGCACAAAAGUACACCCAUUCUGAUUGUACAGAGUUUUCUCCUAAGAUAGAAAAACUCUUCAAAGUACACUCACUCUGAUUGUACUGCGUUUUCGCUAAAGGUGAAAGGAUUUCUUAAAAGGAAUUUUUUGAGGAAUUUUUGAUAGCACACUGAACCAGAAUGCACUUGAUUUUCACCUAAGAUUGAUUAAUUUUUUCAAAGUACAUUGAAUGUUAUUGCGCAGAAAAUUUGCCAAAGAUAAAAAAAAUUUUCUGUAAAGAUAUUUUUUUUACUCGCACUUAGAAUAGUACAUAGAAAUGUACCACCUAUGCCUGUAUAUGCGUUUAGCUAUGUUCAAAGGUCGUUCUUUCAUUAUAGCUGAUAUAAUUGCUUCGUAAUUUAUAUUAUAAAAUAAACACAAAAAAACGCGUGGGCUGAUUGGUCUAUAGCUGUGUUUACAUUAGUCAGUGCAAAACGGAUCUGUGAUUAAAUCAAUCAAAUCGAUCCAUCAA